AUGACUUUAAUAGUACCAACAACAACAACAACAGUUAAUAACAGUAAUAGUAAUAAUGAUCAUACAACAACAACAACAUUUAAUGAUAUAUUCAAAAUGACAUAUAUCAGAUCAUUGAUAUUCAAUCAUAUUGGUCAAAUAUUCAAAGUAGAGUAUGAUGCAAACCAAAAAGGUGAUAGACGAUAUUUGGGUGUCAAAGGAAGAGAUAUCAUCAAGUUACCUUAUCUUGGAAUGAUAUCAAAGUAUGCAAUGCCAUUGCAGUUCAUUCGUCACUAUCUACCACCAACCGAUAAAGUAGUACCCACAAGAAGAGUAGACGUUAUCGAUCGUUAUUGUCGUCAUCGUAAUGCAACAUCUGAUACUCUUGAAUAUCUAUUGGAAUGGUCACCAGGCUACGAACCUGUUGAUCAAUUAAUCAUCCAGGCAAUGGUUUCUGAUGGAAAUAUAGAGUUGUUGGAAUUCAUCUUCAAGAGAUAUCCACACAUUGCAAGAAGCAAUCAAAGAGUUGAUUUGAGUGACCUAUGUAAUAAAGGGGAUCUCUCGAUUGUCAAGUUAAUUGUAGAGUUCUAUUCCAUGGAGAAUGGACUACUAAGUAGUCAUCAUGCAAUAAGUUGUGCAGCUCGUAAAGGGUUUAUUGACAUUGUAAAAGAUUAUAAAGGUAAGUCAUAUCGUACCGAUAUAAAUGAAUCAACCUAUCUAUAUAUUAAUGAUCAGCCUUAUAUUAAUAAUACCUACAUUAUUUUACUAUUGUUUAUCGAUCAUACUAUUAGUGCUGAAAGUUCAGACUAUUCGAUCAUGUUUCUGACCAAAGAUAAUAAUGAUCGUCUCGAUAUUGUUAAAUUCUUUCAUGCUCAAGAAAAACAUCAAAGAGUAUUCAUGGAUCCAAAGGUCAUGGAAAAUGCUGCUAAAAAUGGAUUAUUAGAUGUUGUUGAAUUUCUACAUUAUAAUAGAACUGAAAAAGUAUCUACUCAAGUAAUGGAUAAUGCAGCUUUUGCUCAUUUGGAUAUUGUCAAGUUUCUUCAUUACAACAGAACUGAAGGUGCAACAACAAGGGCAAUGGACAAUGCAUCUAGUCGAGGGGCUCUUGAAAUUGUAAAGUUUCUUCAUUACAACAGAACUGAAGGUGCAACAACCCGGGCUAUGGAUGCGGCAUCUUUUCGAGGGGCUCUUGAUGUUGUAAAGUUUCUUCAUUUCAACAGAACUGAAGGUGCAACAACCCGGGCUAUGGAUGCGGCAUCUGGAAAUAAUCACAUUGAUGUUGUAAAGUUCCUUUAUGAACAUCGUAGUGAGGGUGCAACAAGCUUAGCAAUCCAUCAAGCUAUUGAAAGUGGACACACUGAAAUGGUUGAAUAUCUUGUUCAAGUUGUCAAAAGUGAAUGUUCAUCGGCUGCAGUUCGAAUGGCAAUAGAAAAAGGUAGAUUAGAUAUUUUAUCUCUUCUUCAUGACUAUUAUCCAAACAACAGUGGUGUUUGGACAAGAAGUGAUAUGAAUUUGGCAGCCAAACUGGGACACUUUGAAAUUGUCAAAUUCCUUCAUGAGCAUCGUCAAGAGGGAUGUACUGUCAAAGCUCUAGAUAAUCAUCUAAAAAGGGGAUUCAUGGAUAUUGUAUUAUUCCUUCAUCAACACAGAACUGAAGGUGGAACGUAUAAAGCAAUGUCUGAUGCAGCUCAAUAUGGUCAUUUUGAAAUUCUAAAGUUUUUAUACAACAAUCGACGACAAGAAGUAAAUGUAGCAGAUGCAAUAGAAUUAUCAUGUUGCAAUCAAAGAAAUGAAAUCCCUUUGUUCUUGCUCGAUAUUUUCAUCAAAGAAAAAGAGGAUAUAGGAGGAUUGAAAGCAGCACGCCUCCAACUAGAUAAUAUUGAAUCUGCAAUCAUUAUAUCAUCAAUUUGUGGUCACCUUGAAUAUGUCAAGUAUCUUGUAUCAACAUUCAACAUUACUACCCUUGAAAAGGAUUCGAUUUACGAAAUCAAAUAUUUAUUAGGUAUUUAUUUAAAGGUAUUCUACACAACAACAACAAUCCAACAACAACAACAACAACAAACAAUACAAACAAUAUAA